CUUCGCGGCAUCAUCAUCGGCGCCAGUAAUUUUGCACUACCUCGCUAUCAAAGCCCGAUAUUAUUGCCGGUCAUCGUCGGCUUCUAAUCAUGGUUCUUCUUGACCUCAGCUUCGGCCGUCGUUUGUACACUACCCAUCAUGUAUUAAGACCUGCUUCGCUCUCAUCUCUGUUUUAUGUGCACUAUCAUCAUUGUCCCAUUCACUGGUCUUGAUAUCUAUUUUUAUUUACCCCCAGCUUCUCAUUCCUCUUUUCAGGACUUAUCCAUACCCUCGGCUUAGGCUACGGAGAUCAUGGAGAAGUACGAUGUUGUGAUAAUAGGCGCCGGGCCAGUAGGCUUGGCCUUCUCAACCUGUCUUGCAAGAUGGGGGUACCGAAUAAGACACAUCGACAACCGACCAGAGCCUACCCUAACCGGACGUGCAGAUGGCAUUCAACCCCGAUCCCUGGACCUUCUCCGCAACAUGGGACUCAAGCGUAAGAUCAUGGCACACGACCCCGCCAAAGUGUACGAGGUAGCAUUCUGGGAUCCAAACCCCAAGGGUAUUCACCGGACGGGCACGUGGGCGUCCUGUCCCAAAUUCAUCGACGCCAGAUACCCGUUUACUACACUCCUGCACCAGGGGUUGAUUGAGAGGGUGUUUAUUGAGGAUAUCGAAAAAAAUGGGGUCCAGAUCCGGAGACCAUGGACAAUUACUGGGUUUAAGAACGACGGGAAAGAUCCCAGUUACCCGGUUGAGGUGAGCUUGGCGCACGUGGACGGGACAUCGAGGGAGACUGUGAGAGCCAAGUAUCUGUUUAGUGGCGAGGGCGCGAGGAGCUUUGUUAGAGAUCAGCUGGGAAUAAAGAUUCAUCACAAAGAUCCGAUUGCCCAUGUGUGGGGAGUCAUGGAUGGUGUCGUCCGGACAAAUUUCCCUGACAUCAAGAUGAAAUGCACUAUCCAUUCAGACGCAGGUUCCGUCAUGGUCAUUCCGAGAGAAAACAACAUGGUUCGACUGUACAUACAACUCGCCUCCUCCACAGAUCCGGACUGGAAUCCCCGCAAAACCGCCACAGAAGAAGACGUUCAGAACCACGCAAAAGAGAUCCUCAAGCCCUACACCAUAUCUUGGGACCGUGUAGAAUGGUACUCAGUCUACCCAAUCGGCCAAGGCAUUGCUGAGCGGUAUACACUCGACGAACGCGUCUUCAUGGGUGGCGAUGUCUGCCACACCCAUUCGCCCAAAGCGGGACAAGGUAUGAACACAGCAUUCCUUGAUGCCGUUAACCUCGCCUGGAAGAUCCACCAUGUCGAAUCAGGCUUCUCACCGCGCUCGAUGCUAUCGACCUACGAACCUGAACGUAAGCUCAUCGCCGAGAACCUGCUCGACUUCGACGCCAAAUAUGCAAAGCUCUUCUCCACACGCAUCCCUUCUGCGGGGGAAGUAGCAGGAGCCGCAAGCAACGAACCCGAGGAAAACGAGUUUGUCAAGACAUUCAAAGCCAGCUGCGAAUUCACAUCCGGAUACGGCGUCGCCUACAAUCCCAACAUCAUAAAUUGGGGUCCCGGACACCCAGCCCAACAUCCACUCUUCCUCUCUUACCAAAAAGGCACAAACCUUCGCACAGGCCGAAUCCUCACUCCCGCUACCGUAACCCGCGUCGUUGACGCUAACGUCGUGCAUCUCGAACAGGAAAUCCCACUCAACGGCUCCUACCGAAUGUACAUUUUUGCAGGCUUGCCUAAACAGACGACGACCGCUGUGAAAGAUCUCGCAACAUACAUGGCCAACCCGACUUCCUUCUAUAGCAUCUUCGCACACAAAGACAGUUCUAAGGACCGGUACCACGAGCGAGAUAACCCACACUCAGACUUCCUGUCCCUUUGCACCAUAUUCAAUGCCCCGAGGCCGCAAAUCUUCAUUGCCGAAAUGCUGCCUGCGGCCCUUGCAUGCUACAGAGACCAUGUCUACGCAGAUGAUGUAUGGGAUCAACGAGUCCCUAAUGCCAAGGCGGCAGCGCAUACUAAGAUGGGAUUGGAUGAGUCCACAGGUGGUGUUGUUGUCGUGCGACCGGAUGGAUAUGUAGGGUGUGUGGUUAAGCUUGUGGAAGGGAGAGGAACGUGUGAGGCGCUAGAUCAAUAUUUCAGUGUGUUGACGGGGAAGAAGCUGGGGGAGGAACGGGCAGCGCUGUAAGAGUGAUGGUUUGAUAUAUACUCAAAUGAUGACCCUGCAGAUGUAUGAAGAUUGGGGAUUAGUUGCUACAUUGCUUGCAUAGCGAGACGCGUUCUGGUGCUUGCUCUUCUUCAUCCUUUUGUUUCAUCCUUGGGUUGGAAGUUGAGGGAGGGGGAAGUCAUAUAUCCAUGCGCUGGUAGAAUGUUGACUCUGCUAAAUGAU